GCCUGCGCUUGGUUAACCUAUUGAGUAUUUUCUCUGGCUUUCGCGACGCGUUGUUUAAUUGUAAAUAAAUUGUUCUCUUUUCAAUUAAAAACCUUUAUUAUAUGGCUUGGGAGAAGUUAAAAAAUUUAUAAUGAGGUACAAGAAAUUGCAAACAAUAAUUGAAUUCGAAUCACUGUGUAAAAUAUGCCGCUACUAUGGACGACUGGUACAUGAAAAAAAUAGAUUGAACACGAAGAAUGCUACGAUUAGUAUCUAAUCGUCUUUGGAUUUCAUUCCAUCCACUUGGCAAUUAUCGUUAUUAUUUUCAUUUUUAUCGAUGACAAAGAGAUAUUAGGAAACAACAAAAGGUAUAAUCAAAAAAAUGUUCAUCGAAAUGGUUCGCCUCUCUUAUCAACAUAGAGCAUUCUAUUGCUAUGUCAUCCUUACAGUUUGGAUUUUUCUACUUGUGGCUGGAAUGUAUAAAUAUAUCGGAGUUGAUGAGAAGAGUUCGAUACAAAAUAGACCAUCCAGUAGUGAAUUAUCGAUAAAAGAAUUUCCAAGAAAUUUUAAAGUUGAUCUAAAGACAAAAAAGAUUUUUCGAUUUUGUAACACUCCAAAUGAUAUUACUCAAGGAAGCGAAGGAAGAGUAGACGGGAAUGUCACUUUGGGAGGUGUGAUAAUUCUCACUCGACACGGUGAUCGAGGACCUUUAGCUCACGUUCGAAAUAUAAGUACAGUUAAUUGUGCUGGAGAUUUUUCUAAUAAUCCCGAAUUAGAUGGAAUUUAUCAAAAUUAUCAGAAUUUUUUACAAAAUGUCACACUUUAUUCGCGUUCAGCGUGGGCUCAAUUUUUGGGACCUUUUCAUGGAUUUCCAAUGCUACCGUCCAAUUCAAGGGACUGCAAACUUGGCCAAUUAACAACACUCGGUGUUGGACAAUUAUUGAAAAUUGGUCUCGUCCUAAGAAAUGCUUAUUAUCAUCGAUUGAAUUUAGCGAAUAAUACUGUAACAUCAAAAGAUGUUAUUGUUUUUAGUACACGCUAUCGACGAACAGUCCAAAGUGCUGUUGCACUUCUUUACGCUUUCAUUGGAAACGAAAGUUUUCAAAAUUUAGCCAAAAUCUCACUUAAAGAAAGUCAAAGUUAUGCAUUUUGCUAUUCGGAUUGUGCUUGUGCGGCCGCUGACAAAUAUUCGAAACUCAAUUCAAAGGAAAUAACAAAUCACUUGAAAUCACAUCCGGCAGUGUCGGAUUUAAUAAAACAAGCUUCCAGUAUUAUUCUCGAAAUGCCAGAACAAACGACAAAUCCAAAUACUCUUGUUGAUUCACUAUUAACGUAUGUUUGUCACAAUGCACCUCUUCCAUGUAUGGAUUUUGAAUCACAAAGAUUGUGCGUUAAAACUGAACAUGUGACGGGUAUUUUUGCCUAUACCGAAUGGGAAGCGCGUCAACAUGGAAAAAGUCAAGCUCGACGAAGACAUGGACUAUUAAGAGCUUAUGGACUUCUUCGCAAUAUUGUCAAUCAUAUGUUGAGAAUUAUAUCAGAGGGAAAGCCAAAGAUUGUUUUAUAUUCGGGUCAUGAUAGAACAUUGGAAUAUUUAUCAACUGCCUUGGGAAUAUUUGCUGAUCAUGCAAUUUUACCACAUUAUGCGUCCAGAUUUAUCAUCGAAAUUUAUAAAAUUAAUCCACGAAAUGAAAAUCAUGUUGCCAGUGAUUUUUAUUUUCGUGUUGUUGUUAAUGGAAAGGAUUUAACGCAAAAAAUUCCCUUUUGUAAGAAUGCAAAUUUUUACAGCGCAACAUUUAUUGAUGAUAAUGUGAGGGGUAAAAAAGAAACGAAAUUAUGUCCAAUCGAAGCAAUUAUACGACUUUUACAUGACGAUUAUUUUGUUCCAUUUAAUGCGACAAAUUUCAAAGACGCUUGCUCGAAUCACAAACAUUAAUUAUAGAUGACUAAUCAAUUUUUACAUAUCAAGGGUUUCAUUAAAGACUUUUAUUUAUAAUAAUUAAUUAUAAGAUGUAGAUUAGAUUUCAAUAUUAAUAUAUAUAUUCAGUAUUACAUGUCAAGUAUCGAUAGCUUUUUCUUUUAUUGACUGAAUUUACAUUUUUUUUUUCACUUUUUUCUCGCGAAACCCUCGAUAUAAGACUCAGAGAAAAAUGUUCCAAGCACUAUGAAAAGAAUCGGUAAAAAUUUUUUUUUAAUAAGACGGUUUACCUGCGACAUUUUCCAAUUAAAAUAUUUAACGAAAUUCGUUUAAUUAAAAAUUAAAUAAAAAAAGUUUAUUAUAUAAUAGAAAUAUUUCUUUGAUAUUUUAUAAAAUUAUGAUUUUGACGCGGGUAAACAUAAUUCACAGCUUAAUCUAUACUUUUAUUUAAAGACCGACUUCCAGGCACUAAAUAUUGAUCUCAUUUGCGUUAUUAUUAGAAAAAGUAGAAACUAAAAAUUUCCACAAGUACUUAUAGAAUAUGCAAACGAGGUUGCAAUUUUUCAUUUACAAUUAAAAAAAAAAAAGAAAUAUGCAAAACCUCUAGUUUGCAUGAAAAAUAUUUCUUAUCAAAAUAUAUAUAUAUAUAUACUUAAAAGGGAACAUUGUUUAGAUAAUGUUCAAGAUCCAAUGGAGCCUUAAAAACAAAAAAAAAAAAAAAAUCUAGACUGUGUAAACUCUUCGCGAUAAUCUCACAGAUAUUUAGCUUUAGAUGGCCACUACGUAUAUUUUAUCACACGAUUUAUUGUAAAUAUGUAAAUAAUUAUCUCUCGAGACAAAAGUUAGAAGGAUUUGCUAAAAGCACUGAUAUUGCAUGUAAACUUAAAAUUUGUUACACUAUUAGACUAUUAAAAUAGUCUCCAGAUCUCAGUUAUUUAACUGAAUUAUAAAAUUUUUGAAUAUUAAAAAAAAAAACAAAACAGAAAAACAGAUUUAAAAUUUACAAAUGCAAGCUUUUGGUGGAAGUAUGAAAAUAAACUAUUAUAGUUGGGUAUAAAUGCGUAGAAUCUAAUAUGGAUUUAACCCACGACCAAGCACAUCCAUUUUACGAAAUGAAAUUCCAUUAAAAAAAAGAAUGGAUAAUUAUCUCCGAAUUAAAUUUGUAUUCUUCCUUAAUAUUUAAAUUAUCUAAAUUCGAAUUUUUAAUCGGUUUAUAUUUCAGCUUUCUAUAUAUCGUUAUAUAUAAAAAAUUAUCGCAUUUGUCUUUUCUAAUUUUUCAAAAUUUAUUAUAUUUGAAUUUCUCUUUCUUUAUUGAGAAAAUACAGUUAUUUUUGUAUUUUUUAAUUAUUAAUUUAUGGAAAAAAUCGAAUUUAGAUAAUUUUUAGAUUAGGAAAAUAAUAAUUUAUAGGUGGGUGAUAAUCAAAUGAUAUUCAAAUUUCAAAAUAGUUGUACCUUCUUCCUGGUUGCUAACAACCGCUCACUCGUUAAGAAAUACGAUACGCACACGAAUUACUAAAAAAAAAAAAGAAA